CCUUGAUAGAACGACAAAAGAUCAAUAAACGCGGAAGUUUAGAGAAAUAGUUGCAGACACAAAGGGAAGAGUUCCGUCUGAGCUUUUUUACUAGAAACUUUAUUUUCUGCGACUCUGGACCGAACCGGCGCUCCAUCAUGGCCUCUGAAGUCUACUCGCCCACAACAGCUCCGAAUCCCAAAUCUUCCCUCUUCAUGGUUCCAUCAGAGCAUCUGGAUUAUAAACGAUUUGGCCUGAAAGCUACUGAAGUGGUGCUGUCCUUCCUGGCCUUCAUCCUGGAAGAGGUGGUCGCCAACUGCAUCAGCUGCAAGGCUCUCUACUUCUUCGAGUUUGUCAGCUGUACGGCCUUCCUCUUCACUCUGCUCCUCCUCAUCCUCCUCUCCACAAAGUUACACACCAAGGUUGGGAUCAGCUGCUGGGCCAAACUGGACUUCAUUUACACGGCCGCCAUCGCCGUCCUCUUCCUCAUCUCCUCCAUCAUCUUCGCAGUAAACAACACUGGAUCGGGUCUGGAGUCCAGUUCUGUGGCGUUUGGUUUCUUGGCCAUGGCUGCGUUUGCCGUUGACGUCUUCUUCUUCGUGAAGACUCGCGGGUUUCCCUUCAAGAAGGACGAGCAGCCGGUGUCCAGGAACGGCGGUCCGGUGACGGUGGAGACGCCGGAGGAAACGGACAAGCUCAACUCGGUGUCUAACGGAGCAGAUUAAGUCUGUCCUGACACGUUUCUUCAAAUUAGAGGUCACAGAUUAUUUUAUGUCCCGUCACAUGACGACAGGGGGCGGAGCUUAGCAGCAGGUAGCUGCACCCACCUGAUCAAUCCUGCCACAACUUAUCCAAGCUUGAUGCUAAAUCCUGAGACACAAACGGGCUCCAGGUGGUUUUUAAAGACCUACAAUGAUUUUAACAGACACACUAAAAGCCUAAAACCACUAAAUGUUCUGAGUUUAUUUGUAAAGAUUUUAAAUGAUCCGGGGACCCGAGCUCUUCUUUUAGCUGCUUUUUAUUUAACUUCUGUCGACGCAAACUUGCUUAGUUCAGGCGCAUUCCUUCGGUUUUCUGUUUGGUUGUUGUUUUUAUGGUUAUCAGGACCAACAAAGAUGAACCAAGAAAAGAAAAAGAGGUCACAGAUGAAAGAGAGAAAACCAGCAGUUUAAUUUACUACUCACGUUUUUAAAUCCUAAAAAUCCAGAAAAGAGAAGUUAUUCCAGACCCUGAAUGCAUCACGAUGCUUCAGGUUCACUCGUAGUUUCAGAUGAAUCUUUUUUACUGAAUAAAGAAACAAAUAAAAAUCCAGAUGCUGAAGUUGGCUUGUGAUUUCCAGCCAACCUGCUGUUUAAUAGAAAAGAAGAAAAGGACCAUAAAGCACCACUAAUAGAAUCAUUUUGGCCAUUUUUAAUGUAAUAAAGCCAAUAAUGUAAUAAAUAAUUAUUCAUUUGGUUAUUAGCCAACAAACGUAAAUACUUUGAAAAUGUGAAAACUGCAGACAAUCAUGUAAGUUUGGUCAAAUUUUUUUAGCAUUUUAUUUAGUUUACUCUUCAGAAAUGGGUAUGAUUAUAUUAUUUAUAUUAUUAACAAGUUAUUACGUUAUUGGCUUUAUUACACUUUAACCCUUUAAAGCCCGACCCAAGGAAAAAUGCAGAAAUAAUUCAGUUUUAUUUAAUCUGAAGUCUUUAUUUGUCCUUUUAAUAAAAUGUUUAAAAAAAAAUCAAGAAACUUUUUUUUGUAUAUUUACCGUUUAUUACCGUGUGAUAUGUUAGUUAUUGUAAUGCACCUUCUCUCCACCAGGAGGCAGAAGACAAAAAUCAGAUCAUGAACAACAGGGUUUUUACCAUAAAGUGAUGCAAAAGGUCUCAAACUGUGUCACAUGACACAUACUGUCAAAAUCACAGACGAUGUUUAACUCUUUAAAAGACCAUCAGUCGUCCAUCAGUGAGUACAACCAGCAGACCAACCUGUAAAACCUCUUAGUCCACUGAUUUGGUACUUUCCUGAAACCAUCCAACAGGUUCUAGAUGAUCCAGAUCAGUAAGACCUCGGUAUAAUCCCACUGACUGAUGUUACACCAUCUCCACCGAGCAGCAGGUCUGCCUCUUUGUUCACUAACCCCACCUCCAGGUCCAGCUCACAUGUAAACAUUCUGGACUCGGAGGCCAGAGAAGGAUGUCUUCCCUCCCUGGUCCUCAGAUCUGCAGCCCUGAAGGUUUUACUAGAUUUUAAAUGAAAUGAAUCAUCUGAACUUUUCCUGAAGUUUUGUAGAAGUGAAAGAUGAUCCUGAAACGUUUUACAGGGAAGGGAAGGGGUUAAGACCCGUAAAGCAAUGAUCUGGUCCCAUGUUCCCCUCCCCCGCCUCUACUGCUCACCUCCAUGCUGCACCUGUACCUGUACAUCUGGGAUAAACUGGUCCAUGCUUGACCAGUCUGAACAUCAGGGCUCCUGGACCGGACUCGGUUUAAAGUGGUCUGAAUGUGAAAGAAAAGCCAGUCAGAGGGUCCUUUACUUGGUAAAUCUGGUAAAUCUAAUGAUAAAUCUGGUCAUGUGCUCCAGAUGAGCUCCUUUUGGUUGGUGGGUGUAAUGGCUGAAGUCGUCCAGCAGGUGGAGGUGUUUCUCCGUCUGGAUUUGUGGGUCAGAGGGAACAGAAAGUCAGUCUCAACCCUCUGAGUCUCCGUAGAUUCAGGAUCUCAUUCGUGAGUUUUUUCCUUCCAUUUAAGCCAAACAGAAACAUUCCCAUGAUGCUUUGCUGAAGCACCUUGUUCUUAAACCGCCUCUGGACCAAGUUUUUAUUUUCCAGAUCUCGGAGCAUUAAACGGAUUUUAUUGAAGGAAGUGGUUUUAUUUUUCCUGCUUCUUGAGUGUGUUUAGUCUGACGUGUUUUCGGGUUUUAUUCUGUGUUUUGUUGUGAAGUUUCACGUCUGUGGGUUCGUUCCGACUCUUCCUGAAGGUUUGAACGUGUUUCAUCGUGUGUGGGAGGAAGGAAAUGAUGCUGUUUGUCGGGUUUUAAAACUUUGAUGAUGAAUCUUUGAAUGUGGGAACGAUGAUCAGCUGUUUGUCAUCCUGUCUGGAUUUUACUGAUCCUUACAUGUUGGUCUUUGCUUGGAAGAAUUCCUGAAAAUAUUUUACCCAAAAAUGCUGAUUCUUUUUAAAAUGAUUUAAGACUUUUAAAUGGAAGAUUUUCUAGAUUUCAUUUUUUACUUCCAGCCGUCCUGAUGAGCUUCAUUUUUCUACUUUUUUCAUGGAGUUUUUUUCUUUUUAAUUAAUGUAAAUGUAAUUUUGGUUAUAAAACUGUUCCUAUGUCCACCCACACUGACCUGUUCUAAACCUUUUUUAGGUUGUUCGUCAUAUCGUUGUGGUUAUUUUCUCUGUUACGUGUAUUUUGUGUCAUUUUGCAGCUUUUUUAUGUUUUUAGUCAUUGGAAGAAAAAAAAAAGUUCCCUCCAGAAAACUGCUAUAAAAAAUGUCAGAAUAUUUUUUUCCAUCUUUAUUUUUUUAACUUAGAUGUUUUAAUCAUAUUGUGUCCUAAUCAAAAAUAUCAAAUCUAUAAUCAUUCAAGUUAUUUUAACCCUUUAAGUGCCAAUUUCUUAACACAAAGUCACUUUGUCCUUUAUGUUUUUCCAUAUAAUAGAUUUUGGGUGGUUGGUUAUAUAAAGAUAAACUAAGAACUGGAAUUUAAACGGAUUUUGCUGCAUUUUUUUAUUUUUCAGAAAGUCAGAUUAAUGAUUUUCUUCCCUUUCGGGUCGUCAGGGGACAAAAACGUCCCAUUAACUCCCAUUAAAACCACAUUUUAACAGAAUAUUAUGGUUCAUCAUGAAUGUCAGGGUUUAAUUUCAGAGAAAGAAAAUAAAUGAGUCAUUUUUACUGGUUACCAUGACAUGGUGCCAUUUUUCUACCACAGACCCAAUUUCCCAACGAAAAAAUACAUUUUUAUUUAUUUAUUUUACAUAUUAUCUCUAAACACAGAAAAUCUUUUUUUAUGGGAAAAUACAUGUUUUUUGUUUUAUAAAAAUCUUCUUUGUGUUAGAAAAUUGACGUUUACGAGUUUAAAAUAGUUUGUAUUUUUACACAUUUGGAAUUUAAAGAUGACUGAAAUAUCCGAGCAAAUGAAGGAGAAAAAGUAUUUUCUGUGUUUUUAUAGCAGUUUUUAGGAGGGACAAACUGAAGCUGCAGGCCUUCAGGAUUCGUCUGAAUCAUCGUGUUUGGUGGAAUUUUCUUUUUAUGCUGACGAGUUAAAUCUCAGC